GUCCGUCCGAUCGUCAAUAAACUCCCGUACAUAAACACACACACACACACACACACACACACACACACACACACACACACACAUUGCCAUGUUGUCAAGGCGGCUAUACCUGGCGCCCGUGGUCGCAGCGCUGAUCGCACAAGCCUUCGCGCAGAGCGUGCUCGAAAAUGUGGACGGGGAACAAAAGAACGACGGCUCCGAACCAAAGAGUAUCUCUUCCAAGGGCAUGAUCAUCCUGUGCACGAUAGUCGCCCUGGUCAUCAUCAUUGGAAUAUCCUUCACAACCAUCUUCAUCGUCUUCAAGAAACGGCGCUGGCAGACGCGCGAGGCGCUCUCCUCGACCGACCGAGUCACUCCGGACCUCGAGCGGGCCUCGACGGUCAAGACCCCGACAAGCCAACUGCAACGGGUCGACAUCCCGACCAGCCCCGAAGCCUUUUCCGGGUCGCGAACGCAGCAUGACCUGGAGAGAAGUGGCGAGUUCGAGAAGCCCGACACUUCUGAGCUGACCGCGGCGCCCCGCGGAUGGGGCUCGUUCUUCUCGUUUGGGGGGACACGAGGUCGGCAGUGA